AUGUAUCUAUCUGCUCUAACUGAUAUCACCGUCCGUACGCAAUUGUCAUUCAUCGUACCCGUUAAGUUGGCUGUCUCUGUUAGCUGUUCAGGUGGAAUCAAUCUUGCACAAUUCUGUGGAGGAACACCUCUGUGGAAUGCUAGCUUGACUUGGGGUGAGACAUCAUGGCCAGAAUUCACACAAUGUUUCCAAGAUUCUCUUUUAAUAUGGAUACCAUGUGGCUUUCUUUGGAUCUCUCUACCUUUCUACCUCUACUACCUCAUCACUGUGCAAAAUGGUCGACCACCAAGGCCAAUUACAAAAUUUAGUAUUGUUAAGAUAUUAUGUUGCUUCUUGCUCAGUUUAUUGGUCACCAUCCAACUGAUUGUGAGAGUCAGUAACUCUGCAGAAACUGCUGCUGUUGUUUAUGUCUCUCUGAUUUUACAAAUUCUAUCCUUUGUUUUGGCUGCAGUAUUUAUUGAACUUGAAAGGAGGCGGGCAAUUUUUUCAUCUGCCAUUUUGUUCAUCUUCUGGUUAUUGAAUACUUUGGCUGGAGUCAUCCCAUUUUAUUCCAAGAUAGAGAAACAUGAAAAUCUUAGCAAUGAGGCUGAUUUUGGCUUGUAUUAUGCUAUCUAUGCUCUCAUUCUUGUAGAAUUUGUUCUUCACUUUUUUGUUGAAAUAAACUUAAAGCCUGACUAUACUCAACUGGAGGAUAAGAUUACCAAUCCAGAAUUCUAUGCCUCAUUUCCAUCUCGCUUAUCUUUUUGGUGGUUGAACAAACUUGUAAAGCAAUCAUAUCAAACAACUCUUCAAGAAGCUGACUUGUUUUCUUUGCAUCCAAAAGAUAAAGCUAAAAAUGUCCUUCCUAAAUUUGAUGCUGAAUGGGAACAGGAAGUUAAAAGAUGUAAAAAGUUCAAUGAGAAAAUGAUGAAAAAAGCCACGGUUUCUGCAGAUCCUGUGAUGGCAAUUGAAACUACUCCUCUUAUACAAGCUGACAAAAAUUCUGAAGAAAAAUCUAAAAGGAACAUAAAGAAACCAUCUCUCUUGAGAGUUCUUGCACGGACAUUUGGCUGGACUUUGCUGAAAUCUCACAUGUGUAAAUUUAGUUAUGACAUUGUGCAAUUUGCAAGUCCACUUAUUCUCAAUUACUUGAUUGCUUUCACAGAAAGUACAGAUGCACCAUGGAAAGGCUACACAAUGGCUGUCAUCAUGUUCAUCAUGUCUACUCUGCAGUCUAUUGUUUCUCAUCAAAAUUAUCACAUAGGAAUGCGGACUGGCAUGAGAGUAGAAAAAUCCUUGAUCUCUGCUAUUUACAGGAAGUCUCUGGUCAUCAAGCCUGAAGAGAAGAAGAAAUACACAACUGGUGAGAUUGUAAAUCUAAUGUCAGUUGACAGUUCAAAUAUCAAUAAUGCAACUGCUUAUUUAUGGAUUAUUUGGUCAGCUCCUCUUCAAAUAUGUAUUGCUCUUUAUCUCCUGUACAUCACCCUUGGAUAUGCUAUAUUCACUGGUGUGGGUAUCCUUGUUUUGAUGAUCCCUCUCAAUGGAAUAGUCACCAAGAAACUUGCCUCCUACCAGAAGAAACAAAUGACAAUUAAAGAUACUCGGAUUAAACUCACUAAUGAAGUACUUAAUGGAAUAAAGGUUCUAAAACUGUAUGCGUGGGAACCUUCAUUUGAAGAAAAGAUUAUCAGUAUAAGAAAAGAGGAAUUAUUAACAUUAAAAAAAGCAGCUUACUUGCAAUGCUUUUCAAGGUUUUCAUGGAUGUGUGUACCAUUUAUGGUUACACUUGCUACAUUUGCCACUUAUGUUGGGAUCAAUAAGAACCACCAACUUGAUGCUCAAAAGGCCUUUGUUUCUCUCUCUCUUUUCAAUUUGAUACAGUCACCUAUCAACCUGUUACCUAUGAUGAUUGUCUACCUGACACAGUGCAUCGUGUCUGUAUUUCGAGUAAAUAAAUUCCUAAAUGGCGAGGAUCUUGAUCCAAGCAAUACUGUUGAAAAUCCCAACAUUGAUUCUGCUAUUUUAAUGAAAAAUGCAACCUUCAACUGGGAAAAAGGAGAAACGAAUAUUUUAGAAAACAUUUCAUUUGAAAUCCCUAAAGGACUACUCAUUGCAGUUGUUGGCUCAGUAGGUUGUGGUAAAUCCUCCCUAAUUUCGGCCAUUUUGGGAGAAAUGAACAAAAUUCGUGGAACUGUUAAUAUGCAGGGUUCUGUUGCCUAUGUACCUCAAGAAGCUUGGAUUCAGAAUGCAACUCUGAAAAAUAACAUCCUCUUUGGAAAAUAUGAGGACCCAACUUCAUACAAUUCUGUUAUUGAUGCUUGUGCUUUGAAGUCGGAUCUUGAACUCCUUGAUGGCGGGGACCAAACUGAAAUAGGAGAAAAGGGUAUCAAUCUUAGUGGUGGCCAAAAACAAAGGGUUUCUCUGGCCAGAGCUGUAUAUUGUGAUUCUGAUAUCUAUCUGUUGGAUGACCCACUCAGCGCUGUUGAUUCCCAUGUUGGCAAACACAUAUUUGAAAGAGUUAUUGGUAAUCAGGGACUAUUAAAAAACAAGACACGUGUACUUGUUACUCAUGGCAUUCAUUGGCUGCCUUCUGUGGAUUCCAUCAUUGUGCUUUCAAAUGGAAAAAUAUCAGGAAUUGGAACUUAUGAGGAAUUGCUUGCAAGCAAUCCCAUUUUUUCUCAGUUCCUGAAAACUUACAAUUCACAAGAAACUAAUAUGCAAUCAGAUGAGGAAAACUCUGACAAUGAGGUGUACCAACGUCAAAGAAUAGAAUCUGAAAAUGAUACUUUUCUCCCAACAAGUUUGGUUGAUACUGGAUCAUAUGAAAAGCAUGUGCCAUCCACUAGAAAACGGUCAUCAACAUCUUCGGAAACUUCACCUCAGCGUCUGGCAAAGAGGUCAAUUUCUGUUUUAUCAAAUAGAUCUGAUACUGAAAAAGAGAAAAAACCUGCAAUGGUUAUUAGUCGAUUGACUGAAGAUGAAUUCAUGGAGACUGGAGAGGUAAAUUUAAAGGUAUACAUGAAGUAUGUUCAAGCAAUGGGUUUUGUUCUUACAUCCCUCAUGUUGCUAUUUGGAAUCCUCUAUCAGUUCAGUAGCAUCUUUUCUUCAGUUUGGCUGCGAAAUUGGACACAAGAUCCCCUCCUUAUGAAUGUCUCCAAUUUCAACACUUCUGCCUAUACUGCUCAAACAAAUUAUUACUUAGGAAUCUACGGUGGUCUUGGAGUUGCUCAAGCUAUUUUAAUGUUUGCUUUUUCAUUGGUUUCUGCCAUUACUCAGAUAAAGGCCUCCAAAAUUCUUCACAGUGAUAUGCUGCAUUGUGUCUUGAGAGCUCCUAUGUCAUAUUUUGACACCACUCCUCUGGGAAGGAUCCUGAAUCGUUUUGCCAAAGAUAUAGGCUUUGUAGACAACAUGCUGCCUUACUUGUUCCGCUCGGUCAUUCUUAAUAUCUUUGUCAUUCUUAGCACUGUGUUAGUUAUCAGUAUGAAUACACCAAUCUUCCUUGCAGCUGCAGUUCCACUUUCAGUUAUGUAUUUCUUCAUCCAACGCUAUUACAUCCCUACUUCACGCCAGUUGAAACGCAUUGAAUCCAUCACACGAUCACAUGUCUUCAGUCAUUUCAGUGAGACCCUGUCAGGAACAUCUUGCAUCCGUGCCUUCAAUGUACAGGAAAGAUUCCAUCUUGAAUCUGUGAAAAAGGUUGACAAAACAAAUGCAUUCUUCUAUACAAAUUUUGCAUCAAAUCGAUGGCUUGGAUUCAGACUAGAACUUAUUGGGAAUUUAAUCACAUUUGCUGCUGCUGUUUUUAGUGUUGCUGAAAGAAAUAUCUUAAAUGGAGGACAAGUUGGUCUUUCAUUAACAUAUGCUCUUCAGAUUACAGUUAACCUUCAAAUUUUAGUUGUCAAUUUUUGCACCUUACAAUCUAACCUCGUCUCUGUGGAAAGAAUUAAUGAAUAUUCAUCUCUUGAAUCUGAGGCCUCUUGGUCCAUUGAAGAUACCAAGCCUAAAAAAGAAUGGCCUGAAUAUGGUAAAAUUGAAUUCCAGAAAUAUAGUACCCGGUAUCGCCCAGGCCUUCAACUUGUAAUUAAAAGCAUCUCAUGUAUGAUUAAAAGUACUGAAAAGAUUGGAAUUGUUGGCCGAACUGGUGCUGGGAAAUCUUCUUUAUCAUUGUCUUUGUUUCGUCUAAUUGAAGCAGCAGCUGGUAAGAUCAUCAUUGAUGAUAUCACCAUAGCUGACCUUGGUCUCCAUGAUCUAAGAAGAAAAAUUACAAUUCUACCACAGGCUCACUUAAAGGAGGUUAUUUUGGCUCUUGAGAAUGGCAUACACCAUGAAUGUGAUGAAGGUGGAAGAAAUUUUAGUGUUGGUCAACGUCAGUUGAUCUGUUUGGCAAGAACACUACUCCACAAAACAAAGAUUUUGAUUCUGGAUGAAGCUACGGCUGCUGUGGACAUUGAUACAGAUGAGUUGAUCCAACAGACAAUAAGAACACAGUUCAAAAAUUGCACAAUCAUUACAAUUGCUCAUAGACUCAACACAAUUAUGGAUUAUGACAGAAUUAUGGUACUUGAUGCUGGAAAAAUAAAAGAAUUUGCCUCACCCCAGAAACUCCUACAAGAUCAGAACUCUGUAUUCUAUAGCUUAGCAAAAGAUGCACAAAUAGUUUCCUGA